AUGCUGCUCAAUAGGAGGUCAAAGCAGCUUUGUGACCCGUAUGAAGAGGCAGAGACAAGGAUAAGUCAGUAAGUAGCUCUUUGCAAAGUCUGUCGAGGUCGUUAUCAGCUGUAGUUAAUCAGGCAGUUCACUCAUUAAAUGUAAAUGAUCACGGUGAUGCUAAGGUGGAAGAAAGAUAAGGGGGAAGAAACAACGACAAAACAUGAGCAAAUGUGUGGGUUUUAUUGUGGUUAGCUGUUAAAACACUUUCACAAUCACUUUGAUGGAGUUGGGUCUGAUAUUUUUUUCUCCUCCACUUAGUGCCAGAUAGUAUCAGUUGUUUACCAUGCAUCCAAAUUUAGUUCAAGAUCUUAUUUAUUGUGUUUACAAAGGAAUUUGAGUAAAUCAGUCGCUUGCUAUUAAAUCUGUGUCUUAAAGUUUUCUCUGACUCUAAAGAUGGACGAAAGAAAAUUGUAAUAAUCGGAAAAUCCAGCUCAGCGAUGUAAAUAUUGGAAAUUUUUCAAUCCAUGCAUGUAAAAAAAAAGUAGUAUGACAGAAACUGAGCUAAUAGCAGGACAAGUUUUUCCAGACAAUGUUCUGUGUGACAAGAGCUGCUUCAGGAAAGGUUGUUACAAAUAAGUGAUGCUCAUGAAUUUACAGCAUGAACUUUGAAGGUUAAUAAUUGGAUCAAAGUUGUGGCAGUUGUGGGUUGUUUGUUUUUGUUUCCAAAGAAUUUGACCACGAAGAAAUCAGAGUCUGAAAAGUGAUAUAAUUGUCAGGGUUUGAAAUUCAGUAGAUGUUAACUAGAGCUGUCAUGUCUUAGAAAAUCUGCUACGUGAAAAAAAGUUGUUCACUAUUGAGGUGACAAUGUUAUCAACGACUGAAGAAACUGUUAAUGUUGAUGAGAGACUUGCCAUUUUAUUUGUGGGUUUAACCCGGUUAUUGGUAACUGGGUGUCUCGUUCUGUUGUCUGUUUUGUCCACAGGCCAGAGGUAGAACAGAGGUCAGAGGUCAACCCAACUCCCUUCAACCCCUCAGAGGUCGACCAAGUCACUGCUGACACCCAGGAUCACAGCUCCAUCACCUCUGAGGUACCAGAGACCAACUCAGACACAGACAGCGCUCCUGAGAUCGAUUUAACUGCCGACGGCGACACUUCUAACAUGGCUGAGGAGGACAAGUACCUCUUCCUGGAAAAUGAUUUCCGUAAUAGCGGGGUGGCGCAGGCGGAUUGGUCGGCCAAGAAGAUGGUGUGGAUACCAUCAGAGAGGGAGGGGUUUGAGGCGGCCAGUGUGAAGGAGGAGAAAGGUGAUGAGGUAAUGAACCGCCUGUUGAUGUCAGUCAUAGAUGAUGCUGGAGUGUGCUUCCUAUCAGCGCAUGCUGCUCUGGUCACAUGACUUAAACAUUUUGUAUCUUUAUACUUUGACAACUGAACUCAGUGCACUGAAAAAACACCUAUCUGACUGUAUGAGUGGCUUUGAAGCUUACAUUUUAUGUUCAUAUGAUGCACAGAUACUGCACACAGCGUUGUCGGUUUUUAAUGUGGUCAAGUUGAGGGGCAGCACUGAUGUGAAAUCAGAGAGAUCUUUAUUGCAGAUUCAUUUCAGAAAACAAAAAAAUGGUGACAGCAUGACAUGUUUUAAGUCUCAAGAAUGACAUUGCACCUCCUGCAGUGUGGCUGCUGCAUAUGCACACAUUGUAAUUGUAAUGGACAAAUGACAUAGUAAUGUUAAAUCACUGGCUGGUAGCUUCAAAAAGAGAACUGCAAUGGUUGCUUCUGGUUUCAAAAUCUUACUGUUUGAAAAAGAAAAAACUGAGUCUUUGAGGAAUCUUUCUUUUAUGUUUAUAGACACUCAAUCAAUCUUGGCUUGUCAAAGGCUAUAGUUACCCCAUUGAAUAACAUUUCAGCUCAUUUUAAACAAAAUAAUGUAAAUACAAAGAGUCUUUAUUUUAACUCAUGAGAAACUUAAAGUCUUAUACACAAAGCCUCAUGGUAAAGCAGAUUUUCUGCUCCAGGUGCUGGUGGAGCUCUCAAACGGUCAAAAGGUGACGGUGAACAAAGACGACAUCCAGAAGAUGAACCCGCCCAAGUUCAGCAAGGUGGAAGACAUGGCCGCUCUCACCUUCCUCAACGAAGCCUCCGUACUGCACAACCUGAAAGAUAGAUACUUCUCCAGCCUCAUCUAUGUGAGUCACACACAAAUACACAAACAAACACAAGGUGAAUGAGAGAGAGAGAGAAAGACUGAGAUGCUAUUUAUUUUAGGAAGAGGAGGUACUGGGCAUUAACUACAAGAUGCUACAGUGUCGGACUGGCUUCAGUUUUUACAGUUGAGUUGGGUCAAAGUAUUUCCACAACAGUGCUGACAUACUGUGCUGAUUACACAUAUUGAAGCCAAGACAAAAAUAAUCUGUGGGUGGAGCCAGCAGGGACUAAUAUCAUGCCCGUUCAACCAAACAAAAAACACUAUUUGAUUUCACAUAAAACCAUCGCUACUGACAGGUCACAGCAUGGGGGGAGCUCAGAAUCUCUGCAAUGAUUAAUUUUUAAAUCAAUGUCAUAAUGAUCAUAGCUAAUUGUUUCAGUUGAUAAGUUAGGUUGUUAAACUUAACUUUUGAUAUUUAAUGCUGCCCCCCUGUGGACAAGUGAAGAACUGCUAUAUGACAUUUAAUUUGACAAUCAAUUUGAGCCUUUACAGAAUAUUAAAGUGAUUGUUUACCGCCAACAGAAUGAAAACAUUUAGAGCUCUCCUUAUUAAGAGGCUGCAGUAAAGAUCAUUAACCCCGCCUCCUUCAUGUUAACAAAUGGGACAUGGGUCACUCCAUAAACUUAAGAUGCAUGUCAAAUAAAUUUUUCUCAAACAUAUUCUCUGUCAGUUCUUAUUUUACCAGCAAGUUUAAUGUGUGUUUUGGUUUAAAGACAGGAUGUGACCUCUUCUUUUAGGCCUACUUGCUGGGUCACUUAUGCAUAUGCCUUUGCUGCACCAGAUCAACAUGCCAUUUACCACAGAACAGAAAUGAAGUGACACUGUGAAUUCUGUAAACAGUUUAUGGGUGUGCGCUGUCAAUCCAAGUCAGGUUAAAGCCAGAUGAAGCUACUGCAGGUGAACACUGAUCAUUUGAUUGAGAAAAAUAAAACACAAAAGGGUGAGCACUCAGAUCAGAUAUCAGACCUAGUUUCAGUUUAAUGAGAUAAGUUACAUGCAAAAAGUCAAGUUUUCUACUGUGAUAAGAGUCUUAACUUACAUUAACCUUCAGCUUUAUAUCACCCUAAAAUACAAGAGGGAUAUUUUUAGUUAUCAAACAGAAUUUCUUCAUUUGUAAAGUAACUUUUCUGUCUUAUACUCAAGGCUUUAGAUGAUCCAGUUGUAAAAUAAUUCAGAUUAUUAAAGGAAGUUUACACUGAAAUUAAACAUGGAAUACAUCUCUUUAUACAAAAUAGAAAAUAAGAUGAUGAACUUAAAUGCUGAUUAUGCCUGAAUUCUGAACAGAUGCCCUAAAGCACUUUUCGACACUUGUGCAAACCUAAACAUUAGCAGAAGUACGUUAUGUCCUAUCACGGUCAGCAGGUGGAAUGUAGUGUCUUACAUCUCCUUAUGAAGUUCAGAUGGUUGGGUCCUUGUCUAAUCUCUCUGUACAGAUACUGUGCACUUUAUGUGGAUUCUGGACAAGAUGGCAGGAUCAACAGCUUAUGUUUUUAUUUUUUCAGUCAGUCCUACAAAGUCUAAUAAGGUUGGGGAUGUUAAAUUAAAAACCGAGCUGGUGCAUCUAAUGCUGACUGCCAUGAGGAUCACAGGAGGUUAAGACCUUCAGUCCCUCCAGUCCUUAUAUGAGCAGACGGUGUCUGAGCAGCAUAAAAAACAUGACUAAGGCUGAAUAUGAGCUGUGACCCUGAGGAGGAUGAUACAGUCCUGCAAUUUCAAUUAAAAUGGAUUAUUAAAAUUUCUUGUAUCAAAAGCUUUAGUGUUGUUGUUUGCUCUGACACUAUGGAUGUAAAUAUUGUGUUUAUUUCAGACGUACUCUGGUCUGUUCUGUGUGGUGGUGAACCCCUACAAGAUGCUGCCCAUCUACUCUGAAAAGAUCAUUGAGAUGUACAAGGGAAAGAAGCGUCAUGAGGUGCCACCACACAUCUACUCCAUCACAGAUAACGCCUACAGGAAUAUGAUGCAAGGUAAUUCACUCAUUUGGAGUUAUUGUCAGUCUAUUUGAAAUAAUUAUAUUAUCUAACCAGCUGGUAGUGGAUAUUGGAGUAGAGGUUGGUUUGAUUAAAAAAAUUAGCAUUUAAAAGUUGCUGUUUUCUCGCUGUUUUGAGGUACUUGUUGUUUUUUGCAUGUUUUUUAUUUGUUUAAACUCAGAAAAAAAGUUGAAAAUGCCACAAAAACGCUUUUUUUGCUGUCAUAGUGUUAAAAAAAGCAAAUGUUUAGAAUUGAGAAGUUGGAUCUGGUGCAUUUGUGGCAUUAUAUCUCUUAAGAUAAACAUUAAAAGUGGCUACUUUUAUUCUAUACAUAACUUGGAGAACAGAGACAUAUUUUAAGAGGCUGAUUAAAAGCACAUCAGAUCUCCAUAACAUGAGGCAAAGCUCGGUGUUUUUCAUCAGGAGGUUCAUGGUAAAUAAAUCUAAUGUUCACUAAAGCAGCAAGCUCACAACCACUCACUAAGUUACUGAAUAAGAGGAAAACAGUAUCAGAAAGACACCAUGUUUUAAGCCUUGGAGCGUGCCGUCUGCUCCCUGGACAGUCUACCAGUGACCUCAGACCAACUCCACACUUUCCAUUCAGUCCCAGGAUGGCCAUACAUGGAGCAAGGAGACAAGAUUACAGAGAUGGAGUUCUGCAUCCACCUGCUAUUUUUAGACGAUAUGACUGAUGGAAGCUAAUCUUCCUCUGAACGAGAUUUCUGAGCUGUUUUUGCUCUCGUGCCUGAGUGAAGAGCAGCACCACCUCAGAGUUCAUGUUUGGUCUGAUUCAGCUAAAGAGUUCAGCCCACUUAGCUUUCACAUCCAUUUAAACCUCUCUUAUUCUCUCUUUCUCUCUUUCUCUCUUUCUCUCCCCAGAUCGUGAGGAUCAGUCCAUCCUCUGCACGUGAGUCAAAACAUACAGUAUUUCACCAUUUUCCAUAACGCCUCAGCAGGCUUUUGUGCAUUCACGCGCACAUGCACACACACAGUUUACAACCCUGAUAAAACCCUGAUAACACAUUUUGAAAUUAUGAAUCUUUUUGUUUGUAAAAUUAAAAGAUAACACAACAGAAAUGUCUGGGUUCUCAAAACUGAAAACAUCUUCUUGUGUACUCAGAUGGUCUAAACAUAAAAGUAGUUUUUUCAUCUACCUUGAAUAAAACUUUGGUCUGUCAUCUCCGUGUCUCUUCUCUCACUGACAUUUUUCCUCAUAUUUUUCCACGGUCUCCUCACCUCUGUGUUUUAGAGGUGAGUCUGGAGCAGGAAAGACAGAAAACACCAAGAAGGUGAUUCAGUACCUGGCUGUUGUCGCCUCCUCACACAAGGGCAAGAAGGACGCAGCAGCUCCAGUGAGUGAAAAAAGUUCAAACAUUUGAUCAUAACUUAUAACUUUAAAUCUCAAAAGAUGUCACUAGCACAGGUUUUGUUUUUUUUUUUAUUUUGACUUAAUUAUAUAUGCAGCAUGUUUUGUUUUUUUUUAAGCAAAUUUAAGUGGAUGACUUUCAACUAUAAAGGUUAUGGCCUCCUGUUCUGCAUCAAAGUCAGAUCAGACAUAGACUAAGAUAAGACUCUAAGCACAUAACAAUCUGGAUUAAGAUGCCGCAAAAUAUCAAAAUCUUAAAAUUGAUGAUCUGGAGGCACAAACAGUAUCAAUUAUGAUAAAAACAUCAUUACUUUGGAAAGUUAUUAAAGGGUUUUCAUGGGUAAGAAUAAGUAGAUGAUGAAGUAAUUUAAUCAUGGACUUGUGUACUGUUGUUUAAUUACAGUGUUGAUUUGCAUUGUUAGAUAAUUUCAUCAUAAAUGCACUGACAGAGUUUAAUUUCAGUUGCUGUGUGGAUGAUGUAGCAUCAAUAAAGCAUGCUUUGAUGGAAAAUAUUCCAAGUACAGGAGAUCAUUGUGCAAAGUCUUCUCAUCUCCUUCACAAAUCCCUCAUAACACAGAUUAAAAGGCACAGCAGCUGUGAAAUCAGGUGAAAAUAAUCCAGUGGAGAACUAUCCGUGGUUUGUUUUGCUAAGAUUUGUUGAUGCCUGACCUCUGGCCCCGCCGCUCCGCUGCAUUUAAAGCUGUCACGCAAGGAGCCGAUUUUGGGAAUUAUUAAAGAGAGUCAGAGAAGUUGAGUUUGAUGUGUUCAGUUUUCCGAGAGUUUGUGUUCAUGUUUCUAUCUGCAGGCAGGGCAGCAGACACAGCAGCAGCAGCAGCAGCAACUGGCCUACGUAAGUAUAAAUAUCUCUUAUCAUGAAUCUGAAUGGUCAAAAUUUUGCUUACAUUUCUGAGUGAUUAAAAAGUUGGGUUUUUUUGUCACUCCAACUGUCAAUCCAACUAAGUGAAAAGCAUCAGUACAGGAACCAUUAAGCAUGGAGGCAAAUGACGUCAAUGGCUUGAAUUAGUUGGUACCAGUACAUGGUUUCAGUUCCCAUUCUUAGUCUGAGGUCAACUUGUAAAACAGUUUGUUAUCUCUACUAGUGAAGAGACUUGAUCUGUAGUUAUUGAAAUGUAUAAACUUAUUUUUAUUGGCAUUUGUCCAAGAUAAGUUUAAAAAUAACCCUAAUUGGAUAAAUGAAGUUUAAAUGCACAUACUUUAAUAAAAGAUACCUACAGUGGGUAUAAAACAGCUGUUUAACCUUAAUUUUGACUGAAGGGGGAGCUAGAGAAGCAGCUGUUGCAGGCUAACCCCAUCCUGGAGGCCUUUGGAAACGCCAAAACCAUCAAGAACGACAACUCCUCUCGAUUUGUACGUUUUUACACCUUACUCAAAACCAUUUCAACUCUGCAAAUAUUCCAUUGAUUUACACUGUUUUUACCCCUCCACAGGGAAAAUUCAUCAAGCUCAACUUUGAUGUGACUGGUUUCAUCGUUGGUGCCAAUAUUGACACCUGUAUCCAUUUUUAAGAUUGAUUGUUAAACUACGAUGGUGUAAAUAUGUCCCACUAUGCUUGAAAUAGCAACUGAAACCAGACUUAGUUAUCUUCUUAACCCUCUCCUGACCCCAUCAGACCUGCUGGAGAAGUCUCGCUGUAUUCGACAGGCUAACACAGAGAGAGCCUUUCACAUCUUUUAUUACAUGGUGGCUGGAGCCCAAGACAAGAUGAAAGGUGAGAAACUCCCAAAUCCCAAUUCCUUUUUUUAAACCUAAAGUUAUAUUGAAGCCAGUACGACAAAUCUUUGAACUAGAAAUUUUGUGUACUGGAAUAACCGAUAUUUUAUUGUUGCUGUAGGCCUUAAAUGCUGAUCAUGCGCUGUGUCUAAGCCACCAGAUGCAAGCUGGGUCUGUAGUUCUGUUUAAUGGCAUCUGCCAUAACACAUUAAAGCUAGAUGUCAACAAGCACAGAUGGUAGAUGGCAUCUUAUACCAUGGGAGUUUGCCAGUAUUUUGAUUGGGUCAACGUUAACCUGCAGUGAGAUAUGUAAUAAUUACUUUGUCCAUAGGGGGCGCCAAAUUUUACACAAACCACUUUGACAAAAGUGUGGUUUUCAAUUAAUUUUUUAAUGGGUAGACUAUGUGGAGGAUAUUUUUAGUGUAAAGUUAAUUCAGAGGGCACAACACUUUAAAUUUGAGGGUGAUAGCUCAUCUGUUACCAACAAAGCAAACAGCAAGUGAUGUUUUAGGUAAGGAUGUGCGUAUUUAGAGUGCGCAAAUUGAAUUUGAGGACUAAACCAAAAGCUCCAUCUAGUAGCCAAGCUUAGAGACACUGUUUGUCGUAAAAGUACAUUCACAGUUUUAGCUAUUAUAUUUUGCUCUUGACCCUCUUCUGAUUCUCCAGGUUGUUUUCUCUCAACAUAUCAUCAGAAAUUUUACCAUGUUUCUUUGUGCGUAUGUUCAGAGGAACUCCUGCUGGAGGACUUCAGCGCUUAUCGCUUUCUAGUGGCCGGUCAUGUUGAGAUCCCUGGUCAAGAGGAUAACGAGCUGUUUUUAGAGACUUUGGAGGCCAUGGAGAUCAUGGGCUUCACUGAGGAGGAGAGAAUGGGUACAAACCGCUUGGAGCUUCUCAAAGCUCACACUUUUGUUUAAACACUAUCUUGAAAAUAUACUCACGGGUAGUUUUCAGUUUUGGAGUCUCAGUUUGGGACAUUUUUGGCACAGUGAAAAUGAACUACUACAAUCUUUAUUAGAAAUGCUGUAUAAUAUGAAGGUUUAAUUUAAGAAAAUAAAUUCAGUGUGACAUCUGUUGUAUUUCAAGUUCUACCAUUUUCUUGCUUUUUAGUUCUAGUAUAUUGAUAUGCUCUAAAAAGUAACACAGAUCCCAUAUUGUUGAACAUCCAUUCAUGCAUUAACACAGUUUUUAAUCUGAUUGCAUUCCUUUUCUUGCUGCAGGGAUGUUAAAGGUGGUGUCCACUGUGCUCCAGCUUGGCAACGUCAAGUUUGAGAAGGAGAGAAACAGUGAGCAGGCAACCAUGCCUGACAACACAGGUAAAUAUUUAAAAUACCUCCAACUUAGGCACUUUAAAAAAAUAAAAAAAAACUCCCCUUAACCUUGUCUUUCUACUGCUUUCUGAUACCUGUAAACCCCAGCUGCUCAGAAGGUGUGUCACCUGCAGGGCAUCAACGUCACCGACUUCACCCGUGCCAUCCUCACCCCUCGAAUCAAAGUGGGCAGAGAGGUGGUGCAGAAAGCACAGACUAAGCAGCAGGUAACAAGAAAAAAAAACAUCAUCAACAGAUUACAUAAAGGCUUUCUAAAAGAAUUCUUCCAAAAUGUAAAUAAGGAAAAGCAGAUCAUCUUUUAUAAUGUCCCCUCAGUGAUUGCAGUCAUUGAAGUCUGUUUUAUGGCAGCCUUCUGCAGCAGUGUACCUCAGCAAAUCCAUUUAAUGAUUCUUUACUUUACUUUGUCCUCCCGCCUAUGAACCCCAAAAUAUUUGUUGUGUGUGGUGAGGUUAAACAAUCCUUAUAUUUACUGCAUCUUCACCCUCCUUCAGGCUGAUUUUGCGAUCGAGGCUCUUGCUAAGGCGAUGUAUGAGCGCCUGUUUCGCUGGAUUUUGGCCAGAGUGAACAGGACGCUGGACAAAAGUAAGAGGCAGUCUUCAUCCUUCCUUGGUAUCCUGGACAUUGCCGGCUUUGAGAUUUUUGAGGUUAACUCUCACUUACUACAUAAAUUGAAGAUUUUUGGUGGAGUUUGUGUUUUUUUUUUAAUCUUUGGGAUGUUUCUGCGCCUCAGGAUAAUUCCUUUGAGCAGCUCUGCAUUAACUACACCAACGAGCGUCUGCAGCAGCUCUUCAACCACACCAUGUUCAUCCUGGAGCAGGAGGAGUACAAAAGGGAGGGCAUCGAGUGGAACUUCAUCGACUUCGGCCUGGACCUGCAGCCCUGCAUUGAGCUCAUCGAGAGGCCGGUCAGAACCAGCAGACAAAUCCAUCAAACCAAUCCAAUAUCGAAUUUGUAGAUUCGAUCAUCAAACAUAGAAUUAAAGAAAUACUUGUGCCUAAAAAUUAGGCCUUGCUAUAACCCUCAAAGUUAGAAAUUCAAACAUAUUUUUAUAUUCUUUUUGUUCUCCAUCGUCCUCCUCCACAGAACAACCCUCCUGGUAUCUUGGCCCUGCUGGAUGAGGAGUGCUGGUUCCCCAAAGCCACUGACGUCUCCUUUGUGGAUAAGCUGCUGAACACUCACACCGGCCAUGUGAAAUUCUCCAAACCCAAACAACACAAAGACAAACUCAUGUUCAGUGUCUUACACUACGCCGGGAAGGUGAGAUUAACUCUUUUUGUCUGAGUGUGAGCAUCACAGAAACCUGAACGGCUGAACAAUCGAAUUAAUGUUUUUUUUUAUUUUUUAUUGUUUGAUUAAAAAAAUGGUUUUGGAGAAUAACUGGGGCUUUUUUUCCAAAAGUAAAUUUAUUUAUGAAGUAUUUAUGAAGUCUUCUUUAUAAAGAAAAAAGAAUGAAACAGGAAAAAGACAGAAUUAAGGAAAGAAAGAAAGAAACAUCUGUAUGUUUUAACACUUUGUUUAUGUUUAUUGGCCUGUGUCAGCAUUUUUGUUGCUGUUGUUUUAACUGUUGUACCCUACCUUAUUCAGUAAAAAAAAGAAAAGAAAUAAUUUGACUCCUGUGUAUACAGGUGGACUAUAAUGCGGCUAGCUGGCUGACUAAAAACAUGGAUCCUCUGAAUGACAACGUGACUGCUCUGCUCAACAACUCCUCCAGUAACUUCAUCCAGGACCUGUGGAAAGAUGGUCAGUCCUCUAUCACCUGUCAACACAUGUUUCUCCAGACUUCUUAUCUGGUAAAAAUUAAGUAAUUUGUGCUUCAUAAAUCCUUUCUUUUUUAUCAGCGGAUCGAGUGGUGGGUCUGGAAACGAUAACGAAGAUGUCUGAGAGUUCCCAAGCCACCAAGUCAAAGAAAGGCAUGUUUCGCACCGUGGGCCAGCUGUACAAAGAGUCUCUGGGCAAACUGAUGACCACGCUGCACAACACUCAGCCAAACUUUGUCCGCUGCAUCAUCCCCAACCAUGAGAAGAGGGUGGGUCACCUGCAGAGCUUUUAAAACCUGCUGUGAGUCAAAGUUUAGUGCAGAGGAAAUGUUUUGUGCAUGCAUUCAGUGUUUGUUGGUCCGUCGCUGUGUCACAGUCUGGAAAGAUGGACGCCAACCUGGUUCUGGAGCAGCUGAGGUGUAACGGUGUGCUGGAGGGAAUCAGGAUCUGCAGACAGGGAUUCCCCAAUCGUAUCGUGUUCCAGGAGUUCAGACAGAGGUGAGGGAGCUGUAAAAACACAAAUUUAACAUAUUCAGAAUGAUUUUCACUCUUUAUGAAUAGAUAUUUGAAUUUUAAGAGAGGAAAUCUUACAACAUACAUUAAAAUUUGACCUUUUAAACACCUCCUUGUUGCACAUUAUAUAAAAAAAACUGCUUACCUGAUUCAAACUUAACAACACAAGAAGACAAAUCAGUAUAACUCAUAAGUAUGAUGCAAACUAUUAGUAUACUCAAUGCAUGAAAAAGUAAGUUAUUGAAGUUUUCCUUUUUUUAAUACAAUAAGGUAGAUUUAGUAUGAAGAUGCGAAAACUUGCAAUACAAAGAGUUUAACUGGGGCAGAAACAAUAAGUUUACAAACGUAUCUGUUACCCAACCAAAGUAUCUGUAAUAAUCAGCAUUUGGCAACAGAGCUGUCAAUCGAUAUUUUCAAAAUAAAACACCUAGCUGAAAUUAAACUUCUCAGAAAAAUGAACACUUCUAUGUAGACAAGCAGACACCAUGUUUGAGAAAAAAUUAGUGGCAGUCACCAGGAGGAGCUCUGACUGUUUGGGCUUCACAGUCAGUGAACACUUAUGGAGUCCAUUUAAUUAACAGUCUACAGUUCUCAUUAAAUUAGAUGUAGUGUUGCAGUUCCUCACUUUGUUCACUAGAGGAUGGUACAAAAACGUAGCCUUGUAUAUAAUGUUUAUCUGUUUUUUUUUUUCUUUUGGUAGAUACGAGAUUCUAGCUGCAAACGCCAUCCCGAAGGGCUUCAUGGAUGGAAAGCAGGCGUGCUGUCUGAUGGUGAGUUUUAUCCAAAAUAGUCUGGAUUAGUUUCAGGAUAUUGUGUCCACAGAAAUACUCAAAAUGAUUUUGAUGACACUGUUAACCAGUUUCUUGUCUUCCUCCUCUUGUUUACUUCUGCUUGUCCUGUCUUCCUCAGGUGAAGCACCUGGACCUGGACACGAACCUGUAUCGUAUCGGUCAGAGUAAGAUGUUCUUCAGGACUGGAGUCCUGGCUCAGCUGGAGGAGGAGAGAGACCUUAAACUCACCGUCGUCAUCAUCGCCUUUCAGGCACAAGCUCGAGGCUUCCUUGCCCGAAAGUACGACCAACUGUUAAAAAUGAGUCAUCCCCUGGCCUCAUGAGAUUCACAUGAGGUUUCACACAAGCUAACAUCUCUCUUUCUUCAUGUUUUUAGAGCUUUUAGUAAACGUCAGCAGCAGCUCAGCGCCAUGAAGGUCAUCCAGAGGAAUGCUGCCUGUUACCUUAAACUCAAAAACUGGCAGUGGUGGAGACUCUUUACUAAGGUUACACAGACUCAUACCUGCACCUAUAAACAUUAAUAUCCAUACAAUUAAAAGGUCUUCAGAAUAAACCAUCAUACAAACUCAAUGUAGAAUUUCAUAGUUAGUAAAUCCUUUAAAACCUGUGAUUCAAACCAGUUAAAAAAAACAGCAUAAAAACAGCAUGCUAGUUUUAUUUUUAUUUUCUACAGUAUACGGUUAUGGUAUUGGUUUUUCACACACAAUAAAAAAGUUAGCCCAAGUAAUGUUUCCUUAUAUGAAACGAAAUUUCUUUCACCUUAAAAAUUCUGAGAUGUGUGAUAUAUAUUCCUGCGAUCCAGGUGAAGCCCCUGCUGCAGGUAACAAGACAGGAAGAGGAGAUGGGUCAGAAAGAUGCAGAGCUUAAGGAAGCCAAAGAGGUGGCAGCCAAGAGCGAGGCCGCGCUGAAAGAUAUCUCCCAGAAGCACACCCAGGUGAGCGAAACCUGUUUUUAUUUUUAAACCUCAUUACUUAUCCUAAAGGUAAAGCUUCAGAAACGACAGAGAUUUGUAUGUACAGCUGAUAGAGGAGCGCACCCAGCUGGAGACGAAGCUUCAGGCUGAGACUGAGCUGUAUGUGGAGGCCGAAGAGAUGAGGGUGAGACUGGAGGCGAAGAAGCAGGAACUGGAGGAGGUGCUGCACGAGAUGGAGGCCCGACUAGAGGAGGAGGAGGAGCGCAGCAACGCAGUGCAGCAGGAGAGGAAGGAGAUGGAGCAGCAGUUACAGGUGGAUGCACAUUAUCAUGAAUUCGAAAAAGCAAAGCCUUUCUUUUCAAUUAGAAAAGGUGCCUCCCUGACAUUUCCUUGCUUUGUUGAUUUUCUUUGACUUCACCUGGUGUUUUCCUGCAGAUGAUGGAGAAUCAUAUUGCAGAGGGAGAGGACGCCAGGCAGAAGCUGCAGCUGGAGAAAGUGGCUGUGGAGGGAAAAGUCAAGAAACUGGAGGAAGAUGCACUUCUGAUGGAGGACCAGAAUAACAAACUGCACAAGGUAAAAGAAAAAAUAACAGUUUUACUUUACCCGGCUAGUACUCUGUACAGCUUUUAAACUGUAUUUUGUGUCGUUAUGCAGGAGCGACAGCUGCUGGAGGAGAGGAUGGCUGACUUGAGCUCUAACUUGACGGAAGAGGAGGAGAAGUCGAAGAAUCUGACCAAACUUAAAGCAAAACAUGAGUCCAUGAUCUCUGAUUUAGAGUGUAAGAAAAAUAUCCUGCUCAUUUCUUCAGCAUAAUUUUAUUUACAUUUUCAUUAAGAAGCCCUUUUUUCAAAACCCAAUGAACAAAGUUCUUCACAAAGGCUGAAGAAUAAAACGGGCAGGUCAUAAAAUCAUGGGUAAAGAAAAUUAAUGGUUUAGAAAAAUGGGGGAGUGGUGGGAGUUACAGCGUACAUCCAUACUUGAUGCAAAUGGGUUCUGGCCAAUCUUCUUGACACUGCUUCGCCUUCCUUGUCCUUUUUAUAUUACAUUUCUUUACAGAUUCCUCCCUCUGUUCGCUCUCUUGCUUCCCUCUUCCCUCAUUUAGUUUGAGGAGUAGUUGAAGGUAGAGUAUACAUCCUUACCCAACAAAGGUGUGUUCUUACCAAAGCAAAUGUAAAUGGGGGUGUCCAGGGAAGGUGAAGUGUAGAUCCUAACAGGAGCGAGUGAGUCUUAGCCCCAAGAGAUCAACACCCUGCCUUCUCUGUCUUCUACAGACUUACACAAAUAAGGGAGGGGGAGGUAAAGCGUACAUCCUAAAUCAGGAGGGUAACGUCUUGCCCAAACAGAAAUCUAGCCAUCGCAUUGUUUGUCCAAUCCUCUUCUAAACAUCUCUCUUUAUCCCCCUUCUUGUUUGUCUUUCCAUCUUUCCUCAUCUAUCAACAAAUGUGGGAGGUACAGCGUUCAUCCUUACCUUGUGGAAAUGAACCCAUUCUUUGACUUUUCAGUCCUCUAACAUCUUUCUACUGACAUUUUUCUCCUUGAUCCCUCUUCUUUCUCCACUUUUCCAUAUGGCAAUGGGGGCAUAGGGGAUGUAGAGUGUACAUCCUGACCUGGUAUGGAUGACCUCCAGCCAAAUGACGCUCAUUCCUCAGGCUCUACCUCAACUGCUUUAUUAUCAGGAUUCCUCUACAGACUAUCCUGAUUAGGCUCUCUAUGAAAAUCCAAGAUUAUAAAUUGAGGUGUAUUAUAUUUUUCUUUGUAUCCUAGUGAAGCAGAGUGAAACCUGAAAUGAAAGUCUUUCUUCCUCCUCCAUGUUUGCAGUGCGUAUGAAGAAGGAGGAAAAGGGUCGUCAGGACAUGGAGAAAGCCAAGAGGAAGGUGGAUGCAGAGCUUGCCGACCUCCAGGAGCAGCAUGGCGACCUUCAGGCUCAAAAUGCCGAUCUUCAAACCAAGCUGGCCUCUCAGGAAGACGAGCUCGCAGCUACACAGGGCCGGUAAGAGGAACGCCUCAGACAGGUUGUUUUCAUCAUACAUUAUAGCUGGACAGAAAAAUAUCACACCAGCGAUUUAGCCAGUGCUGGCUCUUAAAUUCAUUACUGCUUCUGGAAAGUAACUCCUGAAAAUUAAAGAAAGCUAUAAUAGAAACUUUUCUGUUCUAUGUCAGCCUGGAGGAAGAGAGUAACCAGCGUGGAGCAGCGGUAAAGAAAGUUCGGGAGAUGGAGGUCGUGAUCUCAGAGCUGCAGGAGGACUUGGAGGCAGAGAGGACUGCCAGAGCAAAGGUGGAGGCGGCACGACGAGACCUUGGAGAGGAGCUGAACGCUCUGCGCACCGAGCUUGAGGACAGUCUGGACACCACUGCCGCCCAGCAGGAGCUACGGUCUGUAAACCCGAUGUAGCCAACAUUUGAGGAAACCCUUAACUUACCAACAUAAUCUUUGACUUUUUAGAGUGUAGAAUGGUAAACAUCAUUAUCAUCUGCAUACAGGUUGACUUUUCAGUUUGUUAGCUUAGGUUUCAGGCUGCUAUUAAUGUUGGAUAUGUUGAGUUUUGAUGUGAUGUUUCAUCUAAUGGGUAGGGCAAAGCGUGAGCAGGAGGUGGCCAUGCUGAAGAAAGCCAUGGAGGAAGAAGGACGGAGCCAUGAGGCCCAAAUCCAGGACCUGAGACAGAAACACAGCCAGGCGGUGGAGGAGCUCAAUGAGCAGCUGGAGCAGGGCAAGAGGGUAAAACACCCUCAAAGAUCAGUAUCUAUGCACUUAUUAUUAGCAAAACAGAUAUUGUAUUGUUGAUGAAUCACCGUGUCUCCCUGUGCAGGUGAGAGCUGGUUUGGAGAAAGCCAAGCAGGCUCUGGAGAAAGAGUCUGCAGAUCUGAGCGCUGACCUGAGAUCCCUUGCCAGCGCCAAACAGGAUGUGGAGCACAAGAAGAAGAAGGUAGAGGGCCAGCUUAAUGAACUGCACGCACGCUUCCAGGAUAGCGAGAGGCAGAAAACAGAGCUGGGGGAAAAAGUCUCCAAGAUGACGGUGAGUCUUUGAAUUAAGCAGGGUGUUAGUUUAGGCAGGCAAUAAAUUCAAGCUCAGCCUGCAUCUGAUCCCAACACUGGCCCAUAUCAGCUAACAGCACAACUGAUUACCUCCCUGCUUCCUCUGCAAAAUGCUUCACAACCUCGCUCCUCUACUGUUAUAUGUAUCUGCUCUAUUCUGUAUCCUGUGGGGUCUUUUCUGCUGCUCUUCCCACACUGGCUUUUCAUGGUUGCACAUGAAAUUGAGGGGAAUUGUGCUCGGCCCACUGCCUCCAAUCCAGCUCCUCCCUCUUACUGUCUGAUUUCACUAGUGUCAUAUCUAUUGUCACUGAUGCCUGCUCUGAUUUGUACUUUGGGUACUCUGGUACUCUGGUACUCUUGUACUCUACAGCUGCUGCUCUCCAAGCCUGGAAAAGCAUGGAAGAACUAUACCACUAAAUAAAACUAUAAUGGUGCAAGAAAAAUUGUUUUGUUUGAUAAAAGGUCAUUAAUCAUUGUAUUAUUUAUUAGUCAAACUACUUUGUGUAAAUAUAUUCUGUAUAAUAACUAAAAAACUGUUCACAAAAGUGUCAGUGAGCAUUUAUCUUUGCUGGACUCAAUAUAUUUUCCAGUUAUUUGUCAUUUAAUAUAAAAAAAAAGCCUAGAAAACAGAAGUUUUGGUGCUGAAGUGCACAUCUGUGUUCUAUUUUUCUCCAGAUGGAGCUGGACAGCAUGACGAAUGUGCUAAACGAAGCUGAAGGAAAGAACAUCAAGCUGAGUAAAGACCUCUCCACUCUGAGCUCACAGCUCCAAGACACACAGGUGAGAAAGUCCUCUUACACCUCACUUGAAUAUUUCAUCCAAUAGAAGACCCAACUUUACUACUUGCCUGAACCGAAACUUUAAAUCCUGCAAGAAGAUCAGAAAUCAGUUGUAGAUGUUAACACAACUCAACUGUUGUCAAGGUAGUUCACUCACAAGAGAGGAUGAUGAUUGUCUGUGCAAAAUUUCGCUCAUCUUUAGUUAUUUCAGUCCAAACCAAAGUCAUUUUGUUUGAUGUUUUUUCCCUCCAGGAGCUGCUGUCAGAGGAGACCCGGCAGAAGUUGAAUCUGUCUGGACGCCUGCGACAGAUGGAGGAGGAAAGGAACAGCCUGAUCGAGCAGCUCGAAGAGGAGACAGAGUCCAAACGCGGGGUGGAAAGGCAGGUCUCCAGCCUCAACAUGCAGGUGAAAAACAUGAAGAAACCUGAACUCUAAUCAAAAUCUGACAGUUCAGCAAAAGAACGAUGCAGAAAACAGUAGUCAUAAUCUCUGUUUCAAAUCCUCUCAGGUGUCGGACUACAAGAAGAAGCUGGAUGAGAUGUCCGGUAUGGUGGAGAUGUUGGAGGAGGGGAAGAAGCGUCUGCAGAGGGAGCUGGAGGCAUCAAACAAUGAGUAUGAGGAGAAGGCCUCAGCCUACGACAAGCUCGAUAAGAGCCGGAGUCGGAUGCAGCAGGAGCUGGAGGACGUCCUCAUGGACCUGGACGGCCAAAGGCAGCUGGUGUCCAACUUGGAGAAGAAGCAGAAGAAGUUCGACCAGGUGACACUCUCUUUAUACGUAACUAAAAGUGUGCAGAGCAUCCUGUCUUUCUUGUUGAACUUGCAUUAACCCCUUCUCUCCUGUGAUCUGCUGUGAUGGCCAGAUGUUGGCAGAGGAGCGCGCAGUCUCCAGCAAAACUGCAGAGGAGCGAGAUCGAGCAGAAGCAGAAGCCAGGGAGAAGGAGACAAAGGUGCUCGCUCUGUCCAGAGCGCUGGAGGAGAACCAGGAUGCUCUGGAGGAGGCAGAGAAGAUCAUGAAGAGCCUCAAAGCUGAGAUGGAGGACCUCAUCAGCUCCAAGGACGAUGUGGGAAAGAAUGUAAGAGCAAACUUCUGAUUACGUACAAUCAAUUUUUUUAAAAGGCUGCAUGAAAUCACCUCUGAGUUAACGUCUCUCGAUAGGUCCACGACCUGGAGAAGGCCAAGCGAGGCCUUGAGGCCAUGGUGGAGGAGAUGAGGAUACAGAUGGAGGAGCUGGAGGAUGAGCUGCAGGUGGCCGAGGACGCCAAGCUGCGUCUGGAGGUCAACACUCAGGCGCUGAGAGCUCAGCACGAGAGGGAGCUGCACGCUCGGGAUGAGAUGGGCGAGGAGAAGAGGAAGCAGCUUCUCAAACAGGUAGAAUGCAACCAACAACUCUUGUCCUUCAAGAAUUUUGAAACAAAUUUGUACAAAUUUUUAGAUUAAAACGAGGCAGCAAUAAUGCAGCAACAGAUUCAGAGUCACAUAAUAUUUCUCAUUACAGGUUUUGUCUGAAUAAACACCAGAUCAAAGAAAAUAAAUGAAAAAAAUUUAAAUAGGAUUGGAGAAAAGUUUCCAGGCUACGUGUCCCUCAUGCUGUCUCUGUCAGGUGCGUGAGCUGGAGUCAGAACUGGAGGAAGAGAAAAAGCAGCGGGCUCAGGCAUCAGGCUGCAAGAAGAAACUGGAGGGAGAACUGAAGGACAUGGAGGACCAGCUAGAGGCCACCGGCAGGGGGCGUGACGAGGCCAUCAAGCAGCUACGCAAGAUCCAGGUGAGAACAAAUAUCCUGUGUAAUGCAUCAAGUGUAAAAGCUGUAAAGCUGAAUCAUCUUGACGUCCUCUGCGCUCCUCCUCACAGGGUCAGGUGAAAGACCUGCAGAGGGAGCUGGAGGACUCACGUGCGACCCAUAAGGAGGUCCAGAACUCAGCCAGGGAGGCCGAGCGCAGGUCCAAAGCUAUAGAGGCUGAUAUUGUCCAGUUACAAGAGGUGAGUGAAAGACUGCUGUUUAGAGGAACUUGAGAAUCUGUUAGUUUUUUCUUAAACUUUGGUGCAGAUCUUGAUCAGAUUUUCACUGAACUUAUUUUGUUUUACAUGCUAAUCUAAGCAGCAAAGGAAGAGUCAGUAAAAGAAGAUAGAAACAACAUUUUGGGUCUUUUUCAAGAUUUUUCUUUUCAGUUUUUGUUUUAUGAAGUUCUGUCAAUUGUAGUAAAAAAGUCUCCCAGUUUCGCCUACAAAAAGUGCAGAUUUGCAUUUUUUUUAUUGUCUUACUGAUGGUGUUUUCCGUCUCGCUCUGCUCUGAAAACUGCUUUUUUUUCAAAUUAAUUUUCUUUUUUCUUUUUUAUUGAUUUCAUUUUACAUAUAUUGAACAAAUUUCCAACUGUAUAGAAUAUUCGCAUACUCCUCCAUCAUGGAGCAGAGACAGAGUUAGACAUAAAUUCUCAAGUAAAGUUACUGUAGAAUAACUGUGAAGUAAAAUAAGUUUGUAGCCUGAACUAAGGGAAUCAAUAAUCUACAAUACACAGUGCCCUUACUGCCCAAAGUCUGCUCUCAACUGAGACACAAAAUCAGCCCAGUUUUUCCAGUAGUUUUUGAAAGUAUCUGUUUUUAGUCCAGAUGAGAAAGUCAGCUUCUCCAUUCUAUAUAUACAGUUUAUCGAUCAUUACCUCUAUCUAAUCGUCUAUUUUUGGUGCAUCUGUUCUGAUAACUGCUUUUACAUCUGUGUUUUUGGUCGUCUUAAACUUUCUUCUUUCUGUCCAUCCAGAUGUUAGCAGCAGCAGAGAGAGCUCGUAAACAGGCGGAGACGGAAAGAGACGAGCUGGCCGAAGAGCUCGCCAAUAACGCCUCUGGAAAGUGAGUGUGGUAUAUUAUCAACAUUUAUGUUUUAGCUAUCAAAAAGACAAACGGGAGAAACAUCUGAGCAAGUUAAAAGAGGAGUUUUUCACCGAUUAUGAAAGAGUUAAAAUCGGUUUCGAUUCACUUUGACAACCCACAAAAGCAAAAAGAUGUCAUCCUCAUCUUCUCUCUGUUCAGAUCCAUGUCCUCUGAUGAAAAACGCCGCAUAGAUGCUAAGAUCAACCAGCUGGAGGAGGAGCUGGAGGAGGAGCAGGCUAAUGUGGAGAGCCUGAAUGACCGACUGAGGAAGAGCCAGCAGCUGGUAGGUUCAGGGUGGACCAGAUGGAGGGUUUAAAAUCCACCACAGAGGGUUUAAACAAGGAGGAGCCAAGAGUGUUAAAUAAUGAGCCUCUUAACCUCUGCACAAACUUUCUUAAAGGGGAGAAACCCUUUAGAGUUAGUCACAUAACUACGACUCGGAAAAGAUCCAUAAAAAUCUGUAUUUUUUAGAGACCAAGGACUAAAGAAGGUACCUAAGCCCCCACUAGUGUUUGAGAAAGUCACAGGGGCUUUAUUUUACCAGUAUAGUAGUUGCAUUUCCUUCUCUGAGUGUUACCUGGUCCUGACCUCUUUGUGCAGGUGGAGCAGCUGGGUGCAGAGCUCACAACAGAGAGGUCCACCUCUCAGAGUAAAGAAGGAUCCCGGCAGCAGCUGGAGAGACAGAACCGAGAGUUGAAGGUCAAACUGCAGGAGAUUGAAGGACAGGGCCGCUCCAAACUCAAAUCCGCCAUCGCUGCCCUGGAGGCCAAGCUGAGAGAGGUGGAGGAGCAGCUGGAGAUGGAGAGCAGGUAACACUGCAUGACGGAGGAUAAUAAACUGGAAGAAAAAAGCUCUGAGCAGCUCUAAAAGUGACUUUGUGAUUUUUAUGUUCGGCAGAGAGCGUCAGGUCACCGGCAAGAAUCUGCGCCAGAAAGAGAAGAAGCUGAAGGAUUUGAGCAUCCAAGUGGAGGAUGAGAGGAAGCAGGCGCAGCAGUACAAAGACCAGGUAAUUCUGUUUGACAUGCAAACACAACAAGGGAAUUCGCUGAGCUUUUUUUUCACCUACUUUUUCUCUCCGUUUGCUCCAUUCAGGCAGAGAAAGGCAAUAUUCGGGUGAAGCAGCUGAAGCAUCAGCUGGAGGAGGCCGAGGAGGAGGCUCAGCGCAUGGCAGCAGCUCGAAGGAAACUGCAGAGGGAGCUGGAGGAGGCGAGCGAGGCCAACGACACCAUGAACAGGGAGAUAAGUUCACUCAGGAGCAAACUGAGGUAAGGACAGGUCGUUCGUCAUCUUUUUAAUCACUUCUGAAAAACUCACUUUAGCAGACUUGCUUUUGUGUAAAUUUACCUUUUAGCUACUUUUUAACUUUAAUGUAUUGACUUCUUUAAAAAGUUGUAUUCUAAUGAUUUUGUUUGAGUUAUUUGUUCGCAAGUCUUCAUUUGAUCCCCUAACAUACUUUCUUUUAUCACGUUUACUUUAUUUACUUAUUUAUUUUUAAUUUUGUUUGUUUAUUUGUACCUCACAGCUCCUCAUCUUCUAAUCUGUUUUCAUUCUGAUGUGAUGUGUUGUCUACCUUUUUUACCUUUUUUUUUUACACAUUUUUUUCUUUCUUUCUUUCUUUCUUUCUUUCUUUCUUUCUUUCUUUCUUUCUUUCUUUCUUUCUUUCUUUCUUUCUUUCUCUCUCUCUUUUUUAUCCCCUCUUCUGGUAAUCUUUAUUGGAGAACAAAGUUGCAAUACAACCUGACACAGAAAUAAAAUUAGAAAACAUCAUUAAAACAUUGCGAUACAGAGUUAUGUGAACUUAACAAACAAGCUGGAUACAUGUUUAAAGAUUUUUUUCAGGAAACAAGAAUUCUGGAGUUUCACAUUUUGGGGAAAACUUGAAUAUACGGGGUUUAUAAUAGAAAUGUUUCAGAAUCUUUUGUUUGAUUUAUGUUUUAGGGGAUUGUUGAUGGUUUUUAUUUGUUUUUAUUUUUCAAUAGAGUCAUUGGUAAGUAACAAAGUCUUUGAGAAACUUGCUCUUGAAAUUCUAGUUUAAAUCCCAGUAAUGGAGAGAUUGGUCAAAUUACUGAAAAUGUAUGUAUUCAUGAUUUCAAAUGUCCUCUUCCUCUUUUUAUUUCUUGCUUCACACUUUUUCCUCAGACACCUCUGACCUGCAAACUGUCCUCAAAGCCUCCUGGGAAUGUUCUCCUCUUACUCAUCAAGCUUUUUUACUCUCAUUUCUUCAUCACUGUCCUUAAACCUCUCCAGUUUACACCUGCUUUUCAGCAUUCAGGGGCUUUUGAAAACAAUCUCACUUUUGCAACAAGCUGCUCUCUGUUCUUCCUCUGUCCUGCACCUCCUUCUGACCCUCCUCUUCCUCCUCUCUUUCUCUUCCUCCUGGUGCUGCUCCUCGGGUAUUCCCAGGCGUGGUGGCGGCAGCGGCGGGGAUGUGUCUUUCAGCAGCCCCAGCCCUCGGAGCAGUGGUGGAGGGAUGAGAAGCCUGGGGCUGGGAGGGAGCAUCAGCAGGAGGAGCACCAUCAAGGAGAACUCAGUGGAGCUACAUGAGGAGGAGCCGCGGUCCCCAUCUCCUCGUGCCUACAGCCCCCAAAUGGAGAACCGCACAGAGGAGUACCUGCCGGACGAGUAG